ACGCAGGAGGUAAUUGGAAGAGCCGCGCAGGGAAACUUCAGCGGAAUCCUUGUGGUUGGUGAAACUUAAGAUAGGAGUGCAGUCACUUUCUGACCAUCUAGUCUGCCGAGCUGUAGGAGCUUGGAGCGUGGCCGGCCCGGUACAGCAGUCAUCCGCCGUUUUCAUCAGGGACUUUUCUUCCUAAACUACCCACGGAGAGGAACUUUUACCUCUUUUCUAAUUCUUUUCGUUUGGACUAUCAAGCCUCUACCUUAUCAAAAUGUCUGAAAGAGUACAUGCUAUGGGAAUGGACCGGGCACUGCACGGCAGGAUAUCAGCUCGCUAUGACACCGGAGCUGAGCGGGAGGUUCGCGAAUGGAUCAAAACUCUGGUGGGGGAGGAUAUUGGUUCCGGGGCACUCGAGGUGGAGAGAUCCAUGCGCAAUGGAGUCAUCCUUGUGAAACUUUUACAGAAGGUGUAUGAGGGAACCCCGAACUUACCUCCCGCAGCUCGCAGAGUGAAACUGAAGUACAACAACAUGUCCGCUCCCUUCAAACAGAUGGAGAAUAUUGAAACGUUCUUGAAAGGUGCCGAGGCUUAUGGUGUCCCCAAUAACUCCCUGUUCCAGACAGUAGACUUGUAUGAAGGCAGAAAUAUGGCCAUGGUCGUAUCCACUAUCCUCCAAGUUGGGAGUGAGGCCCAAAGGCAUGGAUUCAACGGGCCAACUUGUGGUCCAAAACCAACCGAGAGACAUGAAGUGCAUUUCUCAGACGAACAGCUGAGAGCUGGCCAGGGUAUCAUUGGCCUCCAGGCAGGUACAAACAAAUGUGCCAGUCAGGCUGGUAUGGCCAUGGGCGCCGUCAGACAUAUUGCUGACAUCAGAGCUGACGACGCAUCCAAGGAAGGUCAAACCGUCAUUGGGCUCCAAGCCGGUAGCAACAAGGGGGCUAGUCAAGCUGGCAUGUCCAUGGGUGCCGUCAGACAUAUUGCUGACAUCAGAGCUGACGACGCAUCCAAGGAAGGUCAAACCGUUAUUGGGCUCCAAGCCGGUAGCAACAAGGGGGCUAGCCAAGCUGGCAUGUCCAUGGGUGCAGUCAGACAUAUUGCUGACAUCAGAGCAGAUGAUGCGUCAAGAGAAGGUCAAACAGUUAUCGGGCUCCAAGCCGGAAGUAACAAAGGCGCAAGUCAGAAGGGAAUGUCCAUGGGAGCCGUCAGACAUAUUGCUGACAUUAGAGCUGACGACGCAUCCAAGGAAGGUCAAACCGUUAUUGGUCUGCAGGCCGGAAGCAACAAGGGCGCAAGUCAGAAGGGAAUGUCCAUGGGUGCUGUCAGACAUAUUGCUGACAUCAGAGCUGACGACGCAUCGCGGGAGGGCCAGACGAUGAUUGGUCUGCAGGCCGGAAGCAACAAAGGCGCAAGUCAGAAGGGUAUGUCCAUGGGUGCACAGAGGCAUAUAGCCGAUAUUUCUGUGGAAGAAUUACAAGGAAAAGGUGAUAUCAGUCUGCAGUACGGCAGUAACAAAGGCGCCACUCAGUCCGGCAUGAGCUUCGGUCAGGCCAGGAAAAUGUGAAUGUGAUAUUCUCUUCCAAAUGGAAUUCGAGUCUAUAAAGGCACGAUCUUCGAUGUCAAGUCCAGUUUUUUCAAGGGAUUCGUCUUAAUAAUUUACAGCCCACCACGUGAACAACGACAGAUUUGUUCAAAGCGCGAUAAUUUGUCUUGGGAGUGUACAUUAUACGAUCGCGCAUAUAAAAAUACUAAAAAGAUUAUAAUGAAAAAUAACUACCACGCGAAGCUCACAGAAUUUCAGAGCCCUGGGGUCCUCAACAUUUGUGCACUAGAAAAGUUUUUUUACUACUGUUUGUUAAAUAUGUGUUUGUAGAGACUUCCCUUUUCCUUAUAAUAUUCGCUCACAUUUACCUAGUAUAUUGUCGCCUCCUUAUUGUGAAAUAGGAAUGCAUUGUUGCCCGUACUGUUUAUAUACAUUGACUGUGAAUAUCGCCGCGCUGAUCUAAUAUUCUACACGGAUUGUCUCCCCCUGGUUCCCUGUCGUGGCUCUGGCAGCCAUUCCCUAUACCCCUAUCGACGACACAAGGAACAGUAACGCCAUUACUUGACGUUUGAAGACCUUCUUCUUAUAUUGCCUUCGCAAAUAUGAGCAUGUAUACUUCGCGCAGACUUUGCAAAUUUUUACCAGUUGAAUAUUUUAUCGGACAAUGGGAAGAGAUUUACUUGUAAUUCUGGGAUCGCUGUAGUAGUAUUAUUCGUAUGGGAAGUACGUGAAUAAACAGCCUCGUUCUUUGUA